AUGGAGCAGGAUCAGGCUGCUGUUGGUCCCAGGACUUGCAGAGGAGACCGCAGUGACAGUAGGUCAGUGGAAGCAGAAGCCAGGCGCACGGAGAAACCACCUUCCAGCCCCACCGUCGGAGAGCUGGCGCAGACCCUGCUCGGAGCCCGGCAAGCUCCAGCCCCCGGCGACUGCGCCGCUCCUCGCUGCCGGCGAUCCCGGCCCUACCGACCGCUGCUGAAAUCGCAGAGCCGCAGCGGCGAGGGCCAGGCCCGGGGGCCGGAGGAAGAGGGAGGCGAGCUGGCUGCUCGCCCUGCGAGAGAAUACCCCUUGACUAUCGCGGAGAAGAGGAGAUUAAGGGACUGUCAGCAGGCUGAUAUAAAAUAUAUAUCUGGAUGGAAACAGUGGAAAAGAACUAGCAGUAAAUCAUUGAAAAAAGUCCUCAAUGAAGUCAGGGAGUUGUUAUCUUUUCUGGAGCUUUGGCGACAUGAUAUUCACAGCAUAGAAGGGAAAUUUGGUACUGGCAUCCAGUCCUACUUCUCCUUCCUGCGUUUUCUGGUCCUGCUGAAUUUUAUAAUUUUUAUCCUGAUGUUCAGUUUUGUUACCCUUCCCAGCAUCAUUUCUAAAUAUGGAAUAUUCAACAGUAGCUUUACUAAAACUCCUCUAAAGAACAUAGAGCCUCACUGCACAGUUUAUAAACCUAGUGGUAAUAUGGGACUUGUUUAUUUCUAUACUUAUCUCAAAGAUUUGCUCAGCGGCACUGGGUUCCUUGAAGUGACAAGUUUGUUUUAUGGCUAUUACACAAUAGAUGCUGCGUGGCUCCGUAUCCUGAGGUACAACUUGCCACUAGCAUAUCUGCUGGCUACAUUUGCCUACCUUGCGUUAAGUCUCCUCUGGAUAAUAAAAAGGUCUGUGGAAGGAUUUAAGCAGAACUUGGUGCAUGAUGAAGAUCAAUUUCAGAGUUACUGUAACAAAGUCUUUGCAGGCUGGGACUUCUGCAUUACAGAUCCAAAUGCAGCACAGCUAAAACAUCGCAGCUUGCAAUAUGAGCUCCAAACAGACUUGGAAGAAGAAAGACUGAAGCGAAAAAUAGCUGACAGGACAAUGAAAGAAAAGCUACGCAUCUACUCUCUGAGAUUAUUUAUAAAUAUAAUUGUCAUUGCAGUUUUAUCAGGAUGUUUCUACGCUAUAUAUAGAGCAACUGUCUUCUCUCAAGAAAACUCCAAUGACGUCAGCAAUACGAACUUCCAAGCUAAUCUCUUAGUGCAGUAUUUGCCUUCCAUUGUGAUCACACUGGCCAACUUCAUUGCUCCUCAGAUCUUCUCAUUUCUGAUCAGAUUUGAAGAUUAUUCACCAGCCUUUGAAAUCAGGCUGACACUCAUGAGGUGUGUCUUUGUGCGGUUGGCCAAUAUUGGUGUUCUCUUGUUCUCCCUGUGGAGUCAGAUCUCCUACUGUGCCACCGAUGAGUGUAAGGCCUGUGGAUACAAUUAUGAACUCUAUCCUUGCUGGGAAUCUGAAGUUGGGCAAGAAAUGUAUAAACUGAUGAUAUUUGAUUUUAUUAUACUUCUUGCUGGGACCCUUUUUGUAGAUUUUCCUAGAAAGUUGUUAGUCACUCAUUGCUCUUGCAAGCCAGUUCAGUGGUGUGGCUUGCAGGAAUUUGGAAUUUCUGACAAUGUCCUGGAAAUCAUUUAUGGGCAGACCAUCUGCUGGAUUGGAACCUUCUUUUCACCACUUCUCCCUGCAAUAGCAACUAUAAAAUACUUCUUAAUCUUUUACAUUAAAAAGAUCAGUUUGAUACACACACGUAAACCUGCAGCUAGGCCUAUCAGAGCAUCAAGUUCCAAUUUUUUCUUCUUGGUGGUAUUGUUGAUUGGGCUCGUCUUGGCUUUUAUUCCUUUGGGAAUCAGCAUAGCAUAUAUCCCCUCCUCCAAGGCAUGUGGGCCGUUCAGGAGUUUUAACACUUCAUGGGCAGUUGUUCCAGAUACAAUACUUGGGUUUCCAACAGGUCUGCAGCAGGUCCUUCAUGGCAUAGCAUCAGAAGCCUUUGCAGUGCCUUUUUUUAUGGUCAUCUGCCUCAUUAUGUUCUAUUUUAUUGCCUUGGCUGGAGCACACAAACGAGUGGUUGAGCAGCUGAGGGAACAACUGAUGAUGGAGAGUCAUGACAAGCUGUUCCUAAUCAGAAAGAUAACAGAAGCUCAGAGGCAUCCUUGAAAACCACAAAAAACCAGAAGAACCUGACUUCCUGAAACUCCCGGAACCACUAGAUAAGAGUAGAAGCAUCUGCAGCACCUAAAAACUGAGCAGCUGACUGGCACCCUGGCACUGCGGUUUAUGUAGUGGACGCUUGUGGUCUUAGUCUUAAUUAUGCUAGUGGGCCUUAAAGUUUCCAAGACUGGAAAUUUAGCGAAUUUAUACUGUUAGACCUGUCCAAAAAAUUGUAUGGUAGGACACUUUAUUGCUGCUACAAUUUCAGGGUUGUUGGGGUUUAAGUCCCUAUUUUUCCAGGUGUUUUGGGUAAAAUGUGAUCAGAACUGAAACUCUGUUUAAGAACUUUGUACUGUUUUUACAAAUUAUGCUUUAAGAAUCGGGA